AUGGUGAAGUUAACAGCUGAUCUCAUUGCUAAACAAGCACUUGGUCAUAAUAAACGACGUGCUGACGAAUCUGUUGAACAUUAUCUUUCACGUCUCACACAUUUACCAUUUCAAAAUCGAGGCAUCGAUUCCAUUGAUCCUAUCCCGCCUUGUCGUCAACUAACAGUGAUCUACCUUUAUGAUAAUACAUUGAGUAAACUUGAAAAUUUUAAUUUCGCUGAAAAUUUAACACAUCUCUACUUACAAAAUAAUCGUUUACAAAAACUUGAACAUUUCGAUGGUUGCCCUAAAUUACAAAAAUUAUAUCUUGGCGGUAAUCAAAUUCAAGUUAUUGAAGGUCUUGAUAGAUGUAUGAAUCUAAAAGAAAUUUACAUUGAAAAUCAACGUUUACCCGAAGGUGAAAAACUUGUUUUCGAUCCACGAACUUUACAAUGUUUAGCAAGAGUUCUUGAAAAUAUAAAUGUUAGUGGCAAUAAUCUAGAUUCAUUAGUAGAAUUGAGUUGUUUAGAAAAAUUAGAAGAAUUAACAGCCAGCAAUAAUAAUUUAGAAAAUCUUCGUGAACUCAUUCAACUUUUGAGUGUAUGGCCACGUUUAAAACGACUUGAUACAAGUCGAAAUCCAAUGUGUACAAAAGCACGUUAUCGCGAACGAUUGAUUGUUGUAUCAACAGCAUUAGAAAUGCUUGAUGGAAAACAAAUCACAGAUAAUUCUCGACAAUUUUUAAUGAGCUGGAAAGCUUCACGUGAGGCUCAACAAAUAAGAGAAAAAUCAAAAGCAGAUCUUUACGAGGGAUCCGGAGAUUAUACAAACAAUGGUAAUUAUCGUCGUAGUAUAGUGAAAGCUGAUCUUGGUUUAGUGAAAAAGGGUCAAUUUCCAAUGGCACUGGUAGAAAAUGCUCACCGAAAAAUGACGCCGAGAACAAAUAAAUUUUCAGGCUUUUUUGCUUCGAAUAGUUUUCAUAAUCCUGAACCAAAUAAUUCACAUCCGAAUCCGAUUAUAACUUUUCAAGAUCCAUCAACAAAAACAUUUUUCAAAUGA